AUGGCGGCAAUCCCACAGCAGUUGAUGGGCGACCUUACAUGGGAACGAGUGGUACCUGCGAGGCCCUUCCUCCACACCGGGGUCGACUAUGCCGGGCCGUUCCAACUCUGCACGACCAAGGGGUGCGGACACCGCUCUUACAAGGCCUUCGUGGCGGUCUUCGUCUGCCUUGCUUCCAGAGUCGUACAUCUUGAAGUGGUCUCCGACUAUACGGCCGAGGCCUUCCUUGCGGCUCUCAGACGGUUCGUCUCUCGUCGCGGCAUCUGUCGCAGUCUCCAGAGUGACUGCGGAACCACCUUCGUGGGGGCCGAUUCUGAGCUGAGGGCCCUCUUCACCACUGGCACUCCGGGAGACCACCGGGUUAUCAACAGACUCGCCUCCGAGAAAAUUGAGUGGAGGUUCAAUUCUCCCUCAGCGCCACACUUCGGAGGUAUUUGGGAGGCCGCAGUCAAAUCGCUCAAACACCACCUUCGACGAGUGAUUGGCGACGCCAAACUAACAUACGAAGAGAUGAGCACCCUCCUCACUCAAGUCGAGGCGUGUCUCAAUUCGCGGCCACUACAAGCGCUCUCGGACGACCCUGAAGAUCUAGCUGCAUUGACGCCCGGACACUUCCUGGUGGGAGCCGCCCUGACUGCCGUGCCCGAGCCGUCCUUGCUGGAUCAACCGGCGUCUCGCUUAUCCCGCUGGCAACUCCUGCAAAAGAUGCAAAAUCACUUUUGGGAGCGCUGGUCGAAGGAGUACCUCCACUCCAUAACUCACCGUCCUAAAUGGUUGCGCAAAGAGACGAGCUUCAAGGUCGGCCGACUAUGUCUUCUCCGGAACGAGCUCACACCGCCCACGAAAUGGCCACUCGCACGAAUCACCAAAAUCCAUCCCGGAGAGGAUGGUCAAGUUCGCGUCGUCACAGUGCGCACCGCAGCUUCCGAGUUCAUACGACCCGUCGUUAAACUCGUCGUACUGCCCAUCAACGGCCGCGAGGAUUACGAGCCUCAACCGUAA